CACAGGUCUCCUCCGUCCAUGCCCAGGAGCCAUCUGCAGCCAUGCUGAAGCAGAUCCUGGCAGACAUGUACGUGGACCCGGAGCUCCUGGCAGAACUGAGCGAGGAGCAGAAGCAGAUCUUGUUCUUCAAGAUGAGGCAAGAGCAGAUCAGAAGAUGGAAGGAAAGAGAAGUCGCGGUCACUUCGCCGCAGCCAGCAGUGAAGAAAGUCCAUGGGAAAUCCGUUCAGUGGAAGCUGGGAGCAGACGGUGACGUCUGGGUGUGGGUGAUGGGCGAACAUUCCCUGGACAAGCCAUAUGACCAGCUCUGCAGUGACCUUCUUGCUGAAAAAGUGAAGCACCAGUCACUUCAAGAAGCAGGGGCAAUAAGAAGAAACCUAGUGGAAGGCUUCACAGAACAUUCUGCCUCGUCACCUCUGCAUUUUCCAUCAGACACCCAGUUUGGGUCAGAAUCGCAAGGAGGCAGUAAAAACCUCGCAAACUGGGAUGUGUACAAAGCGGUGAAAAAAGAACCAGUUCCUGAAAAUGCCAGAAAUCAAGAAUAUGCCCAGGCUCCCACCAGUAAGCCAAGAGGUAUAGAACAGAUGUUGGCAGACUCUAUCAAUCAUUCAAGGAAGUACGGCUUGCGGCAGAGGAAAGAAGAGGAAAUGAAUACAAUCGUGAAUGACACCAGAGCACAAGAAGUGACCCUGAAUCGCACCUACGAGUCAAUGGAGAAGUUGGACAAGGAAGAUCCUGUUUGGUUGGAAACUCUGGAACGGGCAAAAGCAGCCGAUGAAAGGCGGCGCUCCCUCGCCCGACAGGCCCGGGACGACUACAAGAGGCUGUCGUUGCAAGGAACCCGCAAAGGAAAAGUGGCGGGGGUCUCCAUGGUUUUUAAGACAGGGGAGCAGAAACGGCCGCUUCCUCCUCCUCCUCUGCCACCGAAACCUAAGCAUCUCAGUGCCGGAAUGACCAACGGCAAACCAGACAGGAAGCAGGCAGUACAAAGGACUGUCUCCACUGCUACUCAGGAGGCCAUCAUUCGGUGGUUCAAGGAAGAGCAGCAACAUCUCCAAGCUGGUUUUGAGAAAUCCACGGGCCAGGUAGCACCUUGGUUCCAUGGCAUUUUAACCACCAAGAAAGCAGAAGAACUUCUAAGCGGUUUGGCACCUGGGAGCUUCCUGAUCCGGGUCAGUGAAAAGAUCAAAGGCUACGUCCUCUCGUAUUUGUCGGCCAAAGGCUGCAAGCACUUCCUGAUAGACGCUUCCGGGGAUUCGUACAGCUUCCUGGGUGUGGAUCAGCAGCAGCAUUCAACGUUAGCUGACCUGGUCGAUUACCACAAGGAGGAGCCCAUCACAUCUUUUGGAAAAGAGAUUCUGCGUUAUCCCUGUGGCCAGCAAGGGGAGGAGCCAGACUACCUUGAUCUUUUCGAGUGACGCCUGACAUUUCCAUCCUCUACCAUGUGAAGAACUUCUCUUGAAUGGAUAGAUGUGGAGUGGGCAGACGUUGACCCAGCUCCCUUCAGCUUUUACAAUACCCUCGGAAACGGCGAAGUGAUGGUGUGAGUACGUUUGGCUAAUCGAGAAGUGAAAUCUGGACAGCUGCCAGCAAGCGACAAGAAGAUACAAAGGAACAGGAAGCAGAACCAUAAAGAAAAUAGCAAAAGAAUAAAUCUAUUUUGAAAGAUAAUUACAGCAAUUAAAACUUUCCAUAGACACCUUUGUUCAGGCUGAACCCUGCCCUUGUGUGUUCCUGCUCAAUCAGGUGACAUAGAACAUUUCCAAAGUGUAAUUCGCAUUUCCUGUAAAUACUUGAAAGGGUUGUAUUAUUAUUAGCGAAAGCCGCAAAUGCAGAAAUAGGGUUGUCUUCAGAAUGGUGGGCCCUCUCUGCUCCCAUUAGCCAGUGAAUGGGGUCAAGAGCAGUAAGGCCACUGUUCGUAUCUUCAAACUGCCUCCAUUUCCUGCAAUCAGACCCCGGUGAAAUCAUGUCCCUGGCUUAUCGCCAUUUUGUCUUUGGAGUUGUUGGGGGGGGGGUGCGCCUUUAAAACCUGCCAGUGUGUCACAUCCAUGCGGGAUGGUUCUCCCAGUUUCAGCCCUCUCCAGAACUCGCUAGAAGCUCCAUCUCUGCAGGUGGCAGGUGCUAAGUGAAGCCAAGUGACUCCAGCGUGCACAAAGGAAAAUUUGUCCCCACGCUACACUGCUACCGUUUCCCCUUCGUUACUCCACAACCGCCCAGACAGACAUACUACCUGCUUCGGCACCCAGUGCAUUACAGACGGUUGCAGAGUAAAUGACCAGCAGAUAAAGAACCGUCCUUCGCAAUGGAUGCUCAUGUGUUGCGGAUGCAACGAUGGGGACUUUGAAUGCCGACUCUUGGUAUGAAAAUAGGGCUGCUAAAAAGGGGCAUUGCUGUUUUUUGCUAGGGAAUGUUAGGAGAAAUGUUGCGGGGGUUUUUUAACCAAGCCCUCUCUCUGUAAAGGAAUGGACUCAUCCAUUGCCUGAAUCCCAUUUUAAUUGUGUUCUGCAGUUCACUGCGGAGGACCAUCCUUUUUAGCCUCACACUUCCCCUGGGUCUAGAAAGCUGGGUCUGAGUGGUUUUGCAUUUGCCCCACUGCUUUCCCCCAGAAAACCCGUGGUUUAGCACUGAAUCGGGGGGGGGGGAAGUGUGGUUGGGCCCCCAUUGUGCCUUCAUGAUUUGUGCUCAUGAUGGGAUUGGCGAGGUUGUACUUGAUUCCACUUCCAAUACUGUUUGUGCCUCCAGAUGUUUCAGGGUUAACACACUGCUUCCUUUCCAAUCAGUGCACGUCCUGUAACUUUCUCCCGAUGUCCUGUCACUUUUUGUACCAGAAAUGUUCCAGUUUAUUCUCUGUCCUGCUUUGGUAGAGCUAUAGUACAAAGGGUGCCCCUCUAGACAGCAGCACUGCAGUACCACUGAGGAAGCAUCGCAGAACGAAUAAUAAAGUGGAAUUGUGUGUGGACGGUCCAGUAUAAAUCCAUCACUAAAUGCACUAUUACUGAGUCAGUGACAUGUUGCAGAACAAAAAUACCGCUUGUCUGCAGGGGCCUGGAGUGAGAAACUCUGGAUCAAGAUUUGCCAAAAUGAAAGGCAAAGUGGCUGAAAUUUUAAGAGAGACUAUUUGCCUUCUCUGUGCAGAAUCUGGGCAAGGCUCCACUAUAUAGCCUUGCUUUUCAAUUAUCAGUAUUAUCUAAUUGUUUGUACAGCUAGGUAUGUCAGGAAAUAUAUACCUUAUAUUUU